UUUGAAUCUCUCACUUCCUGUUUGGCAGUUUGGACCCAUGGCCACUGCAGGCGCCGUCUGCACACACACAGCAUCUCACUGUGACUGCAGCAGCCAGCAUCCAUGUGUCUUUGUUUCACCUCUAACAAGAGGUAAUUGAGGAUGUGUCCACUCAACUCAAAGGAAUUAAACAACAACUGCGAUCGUGCAAAACUCAGGAACUUGGAUUGAACCCCUUCGACUGAACUUAAGGAGGAAGAGGAGCACUAGAUCGAGCAGUCCAAGGAUCGAGACUUUGGCUUGAUGAGAGGGAAAAACCGCGAGACAGGAGCGCCAAUUCCUCUCAUCACCAGGACCAUCACCAUGGGCACCGUGCGCUCCUCUCCGUGUGCGUAAAGCUGCUGUGGAGCAUCAUCCACACAUUAUGAGACGCCAUGGCAUGUUGUGACCGAGGAGUUCAGACUCUGCUGGCCGUCGCAGGAGCCUUCGUUGCCUUCAGUCUCAUGACCAUCGCCAUCGGCACCGACUACUGGCUUUACUCCCGGGCUUACAUCUGCAACACCACUAAUGCCUCCAACGACGACUCCCAGAUCCAACCCAAGAAAGUCAGAGGAGACCUGACGCACUCCGGGCUCUGGAGGAUCUGCUGCAUCGAAGGUAUCAACAAAGGAAGCUGUUUUCGGAUCAAUCAUUUUCCAGAGGAUAACGACUACGAUACAGACAGCUCAGAGUACAUCUUACGUAUAGUGCGAGCAUCGAGCCUAUUCCCCAUUCUCAGCACCGUUCUGCUGAUGUUGGGUGGCGUGUGUGUCGGGAUUGGACGCGUCUACAACAACAAGAACAACAUCCUGCUCAGCGCUGGCAUCCUGUUUGUGGCUGCAGGCCUGAGCAACAUCAUUGGCAUCAUCGUCUACAUCUCCAGCAACGCCGGAGAUCCCAGUGACAAGAAAGACGAGGACAAGAAGAACCACUACAACUACGGCUGGUCCUUUUACUUCGGCGCCCUCUCCUUCAUCGUGGCCGAAUCAGUGGGUGUUCUCGCAGUCAACAUAUAUAUCGAGAAAAAUAAAGAGACGCGCUUCCGAGCCCGACGCGACUUUAUCAAAGCCACCUCCUCUUCUUCGCCAUACUCUCGCAUCCCGAGUUACCGCUACCGUCGGAGGCGCUCACGCUCCAGUUCGAGUGACCCGUCCCGCGAGCCCUCCCCGGUGGGGAUGAAGAUUGGUGGAGGGAGUGGGGGCGGAGGGUUGGGGAUGGGUUUGCCGAUGGGGGAUAUAUCUCUGUACUCCCUCAGUAGGGACCCUCUGAAGGGCGGGAGUGCGACUGCAGGGCCUUACAGUCCAGAGAGGGACUCUGGGUUUUUACAAGUCCACAACUGCUUCCAUAAAGAUCUGAAAGAUGGAGUGAACAGGAGGACCACGCCAGUAUGAGGUCAGAAGUGCACUGCUGUGUAAAACAAUAAGCCUGAUGGAACACAUUAGAUAUUGUACAGUUGAUGAAAAAGGACAAAUCCUCCCCGGGGCUGUUCAGGCAGCAGCGGUGUUGAAAGGUCAGAGCUCAAAAUAGUUUUUUUCCUUUGCGUCCCUCUGUGACAGAAAAGUGCCAAUCUGUGUUUCAUUCGGAGGAAGAGGAAAGGUGAUAUAAAAAACGACUUUUUAUGAUGUGACUCCGUAUCUAAAACGUGGAUGCAGACAUUUUGUAGCAACAUUUGAAGAGUUUUGUUUUAAAAUGUGAUAGCCACUAUUUGUGAGUGACGUCUCCUUUAACAGACAGGCUGAAAAAUGUUGUAUUUGUUCUGGCAUUCUUUUGCACCUGAUUCAACUGUUAUCAGGCCAUUAAGUAGGCGUUAUCAGUCGCUAUAAGCACCAUAGAUGUGGGUCAUUAUGGGCCUACUACA